AUGUUUCGACAGUUUUAUCUCUGGACGUGUUUAGCUUCAGGGAUCAUCCUGGGCUCUCUCGUUGAAAUCUGCUUGGGCCAGUAUGAUGAUGACUGGCAAUAUGAGGAUUGCAAACUAGCUAGAGGAGGACCUCCAGCUACCAUAGUUGCAAUUGAUGAAGAGAGUCGGAAUGGUACAAUUCUGGUGGACAAUAUGCUGAUCAAAGGGACUGCUGGAGGACCAGACCCCACCAUAGAACUUUCUUUAAAGGACAAUGUGGAUUACUGGGUGUUGAUGGAUCCUGUUAAGCAAAUGCUUUUCCUGAACAGCACCGGGAGAGUUCUGGAUAGAGAUCCACCGAUGAACAUACACUCCAUUGUGGUGCAGGUCCAGUGCAUCAACAAAAAAGUGGGCACGAUUAUCUACCAUGAAGUGCGAAUAGUGGUGAGAGACAGGAAUGACAACUCACCCACUUUCAAGCAUGAAAGCUACUAUGCCACAGUAAAUGAGCUCACUCCAGUUGGUACCACGAUAUUCACAGGAUUUUCAGGAGACAAUGGAGCUACAGAUAUAGAUGAUGGACCAAAUGGACAGAUCGAGUAUGUUAUUCAGUAUAAUCCAGAUGAUCCGACAUCCAAUGACACCUUUGAGAUUCCCCUAAUGUUGACUGGAAAUGUAGUGUUAAGGAAGAGACUCAACUAUGAAGAUAAGACUCGCUACUUUGUCAUAAUCCAAGCUAAUGACCGUGCCCAAAAUCUGAACGAGAGGCGAACCACCACCACUACUCUCACAGUGGAUAUUCUGGAUGGAGAUGACUUAGGUCCAAUGUUUCUUCCUUGUGUCCUUGUGCCAAAAACUCGUGAUUGCCGUCCACUCACUUAUCAAGCUGCCAUACCUGAGUUGAGAACUCCGGAAGAACUGAACCCCCUUGUUGUUACGCCACCAAUCCAAGCCGUAGAUCAGGACCGGAAUAUUCAACCGCCAUCAGAUAGGCCAGGAAUCCUCUAUUCUAUCCUUGUUGGGACUCCUGAGGAUUACCCACGGUUUUUCCAUAUGCAUCCUAGGACAGCAGAACUUAGUCUCCUGGAGCCAGUCAACAGAGACUUUCACCAGAAAUUUGAUUUGGUUAUUAAGGCUGAACAAGACAAUGGUCAUCCUCUUCCUGCCUUUGCCAGUCUACACAUUGAAAUACUGGAUGAAAACAAUCAAAGCCCAUAUUUUACAAUGCCCAGUUACCAAGGCUAUAUCCUGGAAUCUGCCCCAGUGGGAGCAACCAUUUCGGACAGUCUCAAUUUGACCUCACCUUUAAGAAUAGUAGCUCUGGACAAGGACAUAGAAGAUGUUCCACCCAGUGGAGUUCCUACAAAAGACCCAGAGCUUCACCUUUUUCUGAAUGACUACACCUCAGUCUUCACCGUCACACAGACUGGUAUUACUCGUUACCUCACCUUACUUCAACCAGUGGACAGGGAAGAACAGCAAACUUACACCUUUACGAUAACAGCAUUUGAUGGUGUACAAGAAAGUGAGCCAGUCAUCGUCAAUAUUCAAGUGAUGGAUGCAAAUGAUAACACACCAACCUUCCCUGAAAUAUCCUAUGAUGUGUAUGUUUAUACAGAUAUGAGACCUGGGGACAGUGUCAUACAGCUCACUGCAGUCGACGCAGACGAGGGGUCAAAUGGGGAGAUCACAUAUGAAAUCCUUGUUGGGGCUCAGGGAGACUUCAUCAUCAAUAAAACAACAGGACUUAUCACCAUCGCUCCGGGGGUGGAAAUGAUAGUCGGGCGGACUUACGCACUCACCGUCCAAGCAGCGGAUAAUGCUCCUCCUGCAGAGAGAAGAUGGAUCUAUUUUGCAUCCAUGACUUCAACUGCCACAGUAAACGUGGUGGUGACAGAUGUCAAUGACAAUGCUCCAGUGUUUGAUCCUUAUCUGCCAAGAAAUUUAUCUGUGGUGGAGGAAGAAGCCAAUGCCUUUGUGGGUCAAGUAAAAGCAACAGACCCUGAUGCUGGAAUAAAUGGUCAAGUGCACUACAGUUUGGGUAACUUUAAUAAUCUUUUUCGUAUCACAUCCAAUGGGAGCAUUUACACAGCAGUGAAGCUUAAUAGAGAAGUCAGGGACUACUAUGAACUUGUUGUUGUGGCAACAGAUGGAGCAGUACACCCUCGUCAUUCAACUCUAACCCUGGCCAUCAAGGUUUUGGACAUUGAUGAUAAUAGUCCUGUGUUCACCAACUCAACGUACACUGUCCUUGUUGAGGAGAAUCUGCCAGCUGGGACCACCAUUCUUCAAAUAGAGGCCAAAGAUGUCGACCUUGGAGCAAAUGUAUCUUACCGGAUAAGAAGCCCAGAAGUGAAGCAUUUUUUUGCACUACAUCCAUUUACAGGAGAACUAUCCCUUUUAAGGAGUUUAGAUUAUGAGGCAUUUCCAGACCAAGAAGCAAGUACCACUUUUCUGGUAGAGGCCUUUGAUAUUUAUGGAACAAUGCCUCCUGGUAUUGCUACUGUCACAGUGAUUGUAAAGGAUAUGAAUGAUUAUCCUCCUGUCUUUAGUAAACGAAUAUACAAAGGGAUGGUGGCUCCAGAUGCAGUCAAGGGUACACCUAUCACAACAGUUUAUGCUGAAGAUGCAGACCCUCCUGGAUUACCUGCAAGUCGUGUGAGGUAUAGAGUAGAUGAUGUCCAGUUUCCUUACCCUGCCAGUAUUUUUGAUGUGGAAGAAGAUUCUGGAAGAGUAAUAACACGAGUCAAUCUUAAUGAAGAACCUACAACAAUUUUUAAGUUGGUGGUGGUUGCUUUUGAUGAUGGUGAGCCUGUGAUGUCCAGCAGUGCCACAGUGAAGAUUCUUGUCUUACAUCCUGGUGAGAUCCCACGCUUCACACAGGAGGAAUAUAGACCUCCUCCAGUAAGCGAGCUUGCCACCAAAGGAACCAUGGUUGGUGUAAUUUCUGCUGCUGCCAUUAAUCAAAGUAUUGUGUACUCCAUUGUUUCAGGAAAUGAAGAAGAUACAUUUGGAAUUAAUAACAUCACAGGUGUUAUCUAUGUGAAUGGACCUCUGGAUUAUGAGACCAGGACAAGCUAUGUUCUUCGAGUCCAAGCUGAUUCCCUGGAAGUGGUCCUUGCCAAUCUCCGAGUUCCUUCAAAAAGCAAUACGGCUAAAGUAUACAUUGAGAUUCAGGAUGAAAAUAAUCAUCCCCCAGUGUUUCAGAAAAAAUUCUACAUUGGAGGUGUAUCUGAAGAUGCAAGAAUGUUUACUUCUGUACUCAAAGUGAAGGCUACUGAUAAAGAUACGGGCAAUUAUAGUGUCAUGGCCUACAGACUCAUAAUACCACCAAUUAAAGAGGGAAAAGAAGGAUUUGUAGUGGAAACAUAUACAGGGCUUAUCAAAACUGCUAUGCUCUUCCAUAAUAUGAGGAGAUCCUACUUCAAGUUUCAAGUUAUUGCAACUGACGACUAUGGGAAGGGACUGAGUGGCAAAGCCGAUGUACUUGUCUCUGUGGUCAAUCAGCUGGAUAUGCAAGUCAUUGUUUCCAAUGUGCCUCCUACUCUAGUGGAAAAAAAGAUAGAAGAUCUAACAGAGAUCUUGGAUCGCUAUGUUCAGGAACAAAUUCCUGGUGCCAAGGUUGUAGUGGAGUCCAUUGGUGCUCGCCGACAUGGAGAUGCCUUUUCCCUAGAAGAUUACACCAAAUGUGACUUGACUGUCUAUGCAAUCGACCCCCAAACCAACAGAGCCAUCGAUAGAAAUGAGCUUUUUAAAUUUUUGGAUGGCAAACUGCUUGAUAUCAAUAAAGACUUUCAGCCGUAUUAUGGGGAAGGAGGACGCAUUCUGGAGAUCCGGACUCCAGAGGCAGUGACCAGCAUUAAAAAGAGAGGAGAGAGUCUAGGAUACACGGAAGGGGCCUUGUUGGCUCUGGCCUUCAUCAUCAUCCUCUGCUGCAUUCCUGCCAUCUUGGUGGUUUUGGUCAGCUACAGACAGUUUAAAGUACGUCAAGCUGAGUGCACAAAGACUGCACGAAUUCAGGCCGCAUUACCCGCGGCUAAACCAGCAGCGCCGGCUCCGGCACCAGUGGCAGCGCCCCCGCCGCCGCCGCCGCCUCCACCAGGUGCGCAUCUCUAUGAAGAACUUGGAGACAGCUCAAUGCAUAAGUAUGAAAUGCCUCAAUAUGGGAGUCGCCGUCGAUUGUUACCACCAGCUGGACAAGAGGAAUAUGGUGAGGUGGUUGGUGAAGCUGAGGAAGAAUAUGAGGAGGAAGAGGAAGAGCCAAAGAAAAUUAAAAAACCAAAAGUUGAAAUUAGAGAGCCUAGUGAGGAGGAAGAAGUAGUUGUAACUAUCGAAAAACCGCCAGCAGCUGAACCUACAUACACAACAUGGAAGAGAGCCAGGAUAUUCCCCAUGAUUUUUAAGAAAGUUAGAGGAUUAGCUGAUAAAAGAGGAAUCGUUGAACUUGAGGGUGAAGAGUGGCAGAGACGCCUUGAGGAAGACGAUAAAGAUUAUUUGAAACUCACUCUGGACCAAGAGGAAGCAACAGAAAGCACUGUAGAAUCAGAGGAGGAAUCCUCCAGUGACUAUACUGAAUACAGUGAAGAAGAAUCUGAGUUCAGUGAGUCUGAGACUACAGAAGAGGAAUCUGAGUCAGAGACACCCUCUGAGGAGGAGGAGAGUUCUACCCCUGAAUCAGAAGAAUCCGAAUCCACGGCGUCAGAAGGAGAAAAAGCAAGGAAAAACAUUGUGCUUGCAAGAAGAAGGCCCAUUGUUGAGGAGGUCAAGGAAGUCAAGGGUAGGAAAGAGGAGCCACAAGAAGAACAAAAAGAACCUAAGGUGGAAGAAGAAGAACACUCAGAAGAAGAAGAAAGUGGACCCAUCCCUGUGGAAGAAAGUACAGACCUUGAAGCUCAAGAUGUCCCUGAAGAGGGCAGUGCAGAAUCAGCUUCGGUGGAAGGAGGUGUGGAAAGUGAGGAGGAAUCAGAAUCAGGUAGUAGUAGCAGUAGUAGCGAAAGUCAGUCUGGAGGUCCAUGGGGCUAUCAGGUGCCAGCGUAUGACAGAAGCAAGAAUGCAAACCAAAAGAAGUCACCAGGAGCAAACUCUGACGGUUACAACACAGCACUUUAA